AUGGUACAAUACGUCUUCACACCAUGGCGCGACCGUUACGAACUCUUGCUCGUUCGCGAGCAGAUGUACACAGGCAUCGACACCAACGCCACAGAGGCAAAGGGGCAUUCCGGCCAUUCUGAAGGCAGCGUAAACAUACAAAACCAACAGAUUUUGGACGAUCAUGAAACACAGAAGAGGCAACACAAAGCGGUUGCGCGUGUGUCGAUGUGGAUGCAGCGAGGAAACUGUCCUCACAUGGUCGAGUCAACAGCACUGUUGAUGGCUGCCAUGCUGAGUGAUAAAGAGGCAGCCGCUGGAGAAAAUGCAGCUUCGUCAGCGUAUGCAAUCAGAGCAGCAUAUUCAGCUGCCUUUAGCAGGUUCGUUACUGGUCUUCUUGAUGGCCAUCAGGACAAACAGCGCAAACAGAGCAUGUACUCUAUUGCAAAGACCAUUGGAUUACCCGCUACAUUCGUUGAGCUUCGCCAUCAGUCAACGCACGAACAGUUGCCCUCAUUGGCAAAGCUGCGCACAGCAGCUAAGAAGGCCUUAUUGUGGAUUUGGGAUUAUUACUGGAAGCAGCUGGGCGAGGACAAUAGCGACGCGUGUCGCAAGGCAGUACUACGGUAUCUCAGUGAGGGAGAUGAAUCGAAGCUGGCGGCUCUGUUCCAGGAGUUUGAGCGAUGGCCUCCAGAGCGCGUUCUCAAGACAGUCCAAGAGGUCAAGGGCAGUUUGCCAGGCAAUCAAGCCUUUUUGAAGUGCGCAGAAUUGAUGCAGAGGCUACGAGAGUCUGAGGAAGAUAAGAAGUCGUCAAAAUCUGGUACCGCCGAUACGACCAUGAAAGAUACAGAGCCUGACACUGGUGAAGCUGAUGAGGAAGAUGACUUUGGGUGGUCACAGUUCAAAGGCACAUGGAAGCCUAAACCUAUUGGGAUUGUUUAG